AUGUCUUCGAUGAGCAGAUCUCGAGCUAGCCUCUCCCCGGCUGCGUCGGAAAGAUCGACGCUACCGAUGGGUGCAUCGGCCGAGCCGGGGAGCCCGUCGUUCAAACCACUAGAGCCAACAAGAGAACAACUCCUAUCGCACUUUUUUGAACGAUUCAAAUUCUACACGUCACUCUGCCUCGGAACAUCGGCGAUACUCGCUGUGUUUGCUUUUCUUUUCCUAAUCCCCUUCGUGGUAGAACCAGCGAUACAGACAAUACUAGCGGAGUUUGUGCCUGAAGCUGGGAUAUGCGCGGUGUCAGAACACGUUCAUGCAAAUACAUUGACCAACUGCAGCUGGGCUUCCUGCAGGGAAGGUUGUACAACGUCACAUACAAAAUGUCAUAAAAUUCGAGUUAAUUUAGCUAGAAAACCUUUCGUCGAAGGUGCACCAGUGCCUAAAGAUUGGGACGAAACAGAUUUAAAAUUUUUAAUCAAUCCAGAAGGUUGUGGUUAUCCUCCGAGAGUAAAUUGUUCCGUAUUUGCAAAUGACUACGCAGGGCCGAAGGCACCGAAGAUAUUUCCUUGCUACUACAGUCUAACGAGGCCUGAUUUAGUAGUGGCGAGAUAUUCCUGGGAGUCUACAGUGCGAGGCCUGAUCCUGGCUCUGGUGCUGCCGACCACAGUGUUUGUCUUCAGCCUCAGUGUGCUCGCGUACUGGCACUGUCGCUGCUGUGACAGAGCCUGUAAUAGGCGAGUUCAUGCGGAAUCGUUUGCCAGCAAAGAGGAUAGUAAGCUGUUGUGCGAGUUGGAUGAUGAUCCCAGCGACGAUGUGUUCUGACGCCAAGCCUCUGCCGCCCGCCGAAGGACAUCUCCCCGCAACGCAGGCUACACGCAGCUGUGAACUGUGCAACCCACCCGGAAACUAUGCGCAGUGGUUGCGUGACGCUGAGCAACCAUCGGCAACUAUUCGGGAAACACUGCGCAACCAACCCGGAGACUUGCACCGCGUGUAGUUAUUAAUCCCCGUCGCGUGAAUAAUGCAUAACCGCACUCAUAGCUAACGCUCAUUUCUAUAGGCUUAUGGAAAGAGUGAAGGGUCUUGUUGCAUAAAAAUAUUAGUAAUUAAAUAAACCAUUUAAAUAUGUAACAUUGCCCUCCCAUUGGGACAACCAUUGUUGAGUCACAAAAAGUGACAUCGUCCUGCGGGUUUUACUGAAACUAAAUGUUAACUUUCAGUAAAGUGUGAAUCUAAUGACUGACAAAUGUUAGUUAAAUGCUAGUGAUUGAAACUGCCAUUUUUGAUUAGGAAUACAUAAUAUAUUGCAAGAUACAUUUAAUAACUAUUUCACUAGUUUUGCAUCGCAAAGGGGAUGGGGUAAAAUGUAUUGAAACAGUAUUAAAUUUUUUGACUAUUUGGCGGGCAAGGCUUUUGCUUAAAAUAUUUAAAAAAGUUAAGUAAAAUAAAAAAUGCGUCUCUUUGUCUAAUACGGAGCUAUGCCGGAUAGUUAUGUAAGUCGUCGCAAUUCGUUUUGCUACCAAAAUAUGAAAGUUUUGGUGUUAGUUUGCAAGUUCUAGAAUUAAGUAAAUAGAUAGAAAAAAAUACUCAUAUCGAAUUUCGAAAACAAAAUGAUCAUCGGAAAUGCUAAAUAUUUUUAUUAAAUAUUUAGUAUAAUAAAUUAUAAUACUAUUAAUUGUCUCUUUGUUUUCCGAUUGCGAUGUUCGUAUGUGAAAAGUCUCGUGUGACUUAUGAAUUUCAAUGUUUACAAUAGUAAUUACUGCCUUAUAAUAUUAUUGUAAGUACAAUAAAAUAGUCAUGCCACGUGUAACUGCAAUAAGUACUUAAUUAAGUUUUAAUAAAUUCGAAAGAAUCAUAGUAUUUCACAAUAAUUAUUCUUAAAUAGUUCAGAAUGUAAGUAGUUAUUUUUUUCCUAGGCGCUCUUGUACUUAGUAUAUCUAUUUCAAUUGUAUGUAUCUAUUUAGAAAAAAAACACGGCUUUAUCUCUAGGCUAAUACUUUCAUUACAUAAUUAAUAAGUUGAAAAAUAUUUUAUGCAAAUCUGCCAUCAUUUUGUGAUAUUAUGCUUACGUGUGUAAAAAUAUGAGAUUUUCGAGAAACUAUUACCACUUAAAGGCAUUAUGAUAUUUGAUAAGGUCAAUAAUAGAUAUUUCACUUAAACACCUGUCGUUAGUGCUAUUUUUGUUUUUGUUCAACCUAAUUUUUGAGUGGAUUAAUAAUUGAAAUUGACAGUUGAUACUCACUGAGAUUAUAAGCUUAGUGGUUUAUUUCACGUGAUUUGUGAUAAUCUAGAUAUUUUACUAUAAUUUCACUAGAUUCUAUUUACCUAUUUUAAUUAUAUAAAUGUUUGUGUGUUUUCAUUACCUUAGGAAUGAUUUGUGAUCUAAUAAUAUUAGGGAUUCCAAUUUAGUUACGUACAAUUUUAUACAGUUAAAUCUGAUUGCAUUUGUGUGGAGUGUAAAUAAGUCUAAAAUGUAUUUAUGGUUAUUAUUAGCUUGAUAUUGUAAAUAUUUUAUUCCUUAUUUAUGUAAUAAAGCAUCUAGAAUUCUGAAUAAUAUUGUUGGCGCAAAAUACACAAGGUGUA